CACCUUCUCAAAUGUGGCAGAAAUCUUGCGAUCGCCUGGCAACCUGUGGGACCAGGUGCCAAGAUGGCUCGCCGCAAUUUGCUGCGAACAACGCUCGUGUUUUUUCUUAUCGGUUUGCUCCCCGCCGGCGAUGCCAGGAAUCACCGAUUGUCGCUCAAGGGCGAGCAACGGAGGUACUUCAGUGUCACCACAUUUGGCUUCCUGGUUGGAGGGGAGCUCAACAUUGAGGUUGAAGCAUUGUCCUUUGCACCAAACACCAAUAGGGUGGGCUUCAGCUUGACGAGGACGCCUACCGACAGUGUCAACCCAUAUCCUGAAUUGCGAACUUCCGGAAGUACGACUACCGUCUGCAAACCCACAGCUGUGCCCACCCAUGAUGGUCGUAUUGAAGGUUGCCCACUGGAUGAAGUCAAGGAGGACAUGUACGUGCUCACACUUGCCUUGGAUACAUCUGGAAACAGGGAACGCCUGAUCCUGCGCUGCAACCGCAACUUCAGUGACCUACCCGUGAGUCACAAGGAGAACUGGCACCCUCAGCCACGCACCGUGCGGCAGACAAGUGCCGUGCAGCAGCUGUUUCGUGCACGCCGGGAUGCCGAGGCUGACGGGCUGCAGACGGUGCCAGGAACACCAUCCUCAUCACCCAAAGCUGCCCACCCAACCACUGCUCCCGUUGCAACCACAACUACCCUGUCUGAGCCCACAAAAAAAGUGUCUACUGCGCCGCCCUCACAGCAAACAGCUGUGAGCCGCUGUGCUAGUGCCAACUUGCCUGUGCACAAGGACAUAGUGGAUGGUGUGGCCACCUACAGCUUCCAAUUUGGGGUGAGCAUUGACAAGGAUGCUCAUGAGGGUCUCUACAGCCUGUACUUCCACAACUGCCUGGUUGGCUCACUGGGAUUCCUCAAUAAUUCAGCAAAUCUCUCGGUGUCCAUCUCGGAGCAGAAUGAUGGCAGCUUCCUGUCAGCUGGGGAGAUCCCACUGCCACAGGUCUACUUCCUCAUGGCUGUCGUGUUCUUUGCUGUUGGUUGCUACUGGAUCUACCUGCUCCGCCAGAGGAGGCAAGAAGCCUACAAGAUCCACUUUCUAAUGGGUCUCCUUGUCUUCGUCAAGUCAUGCUCCCUGCUACUGCAUGGGAUAAACUACCACUUCAUCUCAAAGGAUGGCUCACCUAUUGAAGCCUGGGCUGUGCUCUUCUAUAUCACCCACCUGCUGAAGGGAGCCCUCCUGUUCAUCACCAUUGUGCUGAUUGGCACGGGCUGGGCCUUCAUCAAGCACAUUCUCAGUGACAAAGACAAGAAGAUCUUCAUGAUUGUCAUCCCGCUCCAGCUGCUGGCCAACGUAGCCCAGAUUAUCAUGGAGGAGAGCGAGGAGGGCGAAUCCCAGCACACCACAUGGCGAGAGGUGUUCAUCCUUGUGGACCUGCUCUGCUGCGGAGCCAUUCUCUUCCCUGUCGUCUGGUCCAUUAGGCAUUUGCAGGAAGCAUCACAAACAGAUGGCAAGGCAGCUAUCAACCUGGAGAAACUCAAGCUGUUCCGGCACUUCUAUGUCAUGAUUGUGUGCUACAUCUACUUCACCAGGAUAAUUGUGUUUCUGCUGAAGAUCACGGUGCCCUUCCGGUACGAGUGGCUGGAUGAGCUGUUCCGUGAAGGGGCCACACUCAUCUUCUUUGUGCUGACGGGCUACAAGUUCCGGCCCACACAGUCCAACCCCUACUUCCGCCUCUCCCAAGAUGAUGAGGAGGAAAUGGAGGAAGUGCUGACUCAAACUGGGCUGACGGAGAAUGUGUCCAAGACGCUGCGUAACCGGGACAUUCACGAUGACAAGGGCACAACGGCCACCAAACGCGAGAGCAGCCACGAGUAUGACUGAGAAGGGGCAAGAGAGGGAGUUCCCAUCCUCAAGCAAGAAAACAUGCGAGUGUGCGUUUGGCCACUAAUCAUGCAUGCGCGCCAGACCAGCCAGUACCGAUACAAAUCUUUGCUUUCCCACUGACUGCAUUCUGAGUUUCACUCUUUGUGAAGCAGUUGUUUCCAUUCCUCUGCUUUCUCUCUCUCUGUCAUGUUUCUUUGAAACAUCACAUGUCAUGGCACUUUUUCUUUUUGCAUUCACAUGUGUAGUUGUCAGGUCUGUGUUGCUCGCUAGUUGUGUCACUUUCAUCAUGCCUAAUUCUUCACAGUCAUUAUCAGCUUAGUGUUAUGAGCAGAAGAGCCUAGCAAGCGCACAUGCAUGUGGGGGACUCAGGCAUGUGAGGCACACUUUGCCUUGUAAUUUUUGGGGGCCUUUAUUAUUAUUAUGAAUAUUAAUAUUAUAAUUACUAUUAUUAUUAUUGUUAUUAUUAUUGUACCUACGCGUUGUGUGCUAGGAAUGCACGUUAGAUGUUAUGCUCGGAUGCACUUUGCCGUAUCUUUCAAUAAACUGUUCUGUUAUUUUUCUUUUUUCUUUGCAGUUGUAUCCUGAGAUGAUGUUGCUGUAUUAUAUGUAGCUGAAGCUUUAAUAUUGCAGCUUCCUCGUGUACGUUGUCUACGCUUUCAAUGCUGGUGUUCCUAUAGUUUUUCUUUGUUCUUUCGCUCUCCCUCUCACUUCCUUCUUAAGUUAAGCCUUAAUGUAUUGCACUCAUAGGGUGCAUGGUACGAGAAUAAUUUAUGGGGUAAAAACAAAUUGGUGGGUCUUUAUAAGACAUUCUCGUUUGGUGCCCUCAUCAGUCUAGCCAGCUGAUAUUAAAGAGAAACGCUUUUUGUGUGUUCUAUAUAUGUAUAUAUAUAUAUUAUAUAUAUAUAUAUAGCACAUGCUGCCUAGCGCCACUUCUGCCCAGUCAUGGGCACCAGUGCUGGAUGGAGGAUCUCGUAUUCCCUUUGUGCUUUGAUCUGUGUAGAGUUUAGACUAUGUCAAAUAAAGAAUGCGAUUGAAA